AGGCGGACCUAGCUAGCCUGUAGAACGUUCCCGGGAGCGCGCGCAAAGGGAAGCAGAGGGGGAAAAGGGGCGGAGUUUGCAGCAUUUGGUUGCAAAGAGCACAGCAGGAACUUGGGGAUGGGGAGAAAGCGGAAGGCCCUCGAGUCCCAGAACGGAGAGCCCAGUUCCUCUGGGGCUGAGCUAGAACUGCGCUGGGAAUGGGAGAGCGGUGGUAACCAAUGGCAGCAGUUUCCACCUGGAGAGAACGAAGCUUUGAGCCAAGCUGCCAGGGCUGGGAAGCUGUCCGCAGAUAUUGGGGAGUCCUGUAUCGAUUUGCGCAGGAUGGUGCGGCAGGAUAAACAGACCGGGGAGGAAACCCGUGUGGCUGCAGCUGUGCGGGAUCAGGAUUCCUACUUUGUCUGGCAAUGGCAAGGAGACCCAGAAGGCACCUGGUUUGCGUACCCUGCAGACACGUGCCUGGCUUUGGAGGCUGCCAGGAAGAAUCCUGGGGAGCCCAUCGUAGAAGUGACAGUCGGUAGGACACACUACAAGCUUGACACGACUCGCAUGGUACAGAUCAACACCCGGACUGCGUUUGAGCGUCAGAUGGAACGCAGAGAAUCAGAUGCCACAGAGGUUCAGGAUGAAGGGUCCCAGCCGAGCAAGAAUGCAGUGAAUACUAUUAACCCCAUACCUGCUAAGAAGGCUUGUAACAGAGGAGGCACUUCAGCAUCUCAGGGGGAGGGUGAUAGCACAGCGGUGAAGACGCUGAUAGUGAAGGGAAAAGCCCCUGUAGAUCCAGAAUGCACCGCUAAGCUGGGGAAGGCUCACGUUUAUUGUGAAGGAGAUGAUGUUUAUGAUGUGAUGUUAAAUCAGACGAAUGUCCAGUUCAACAAUAACAAGUACUACCUCAUCCAGCUGUUGGAAGAUGAUGGGUCAAGGAACUACAGUGUGUGGAUGCGCUGGGGACGAGUGGGUAAACCAGGUCAGCAUUCACUUGUGAGCUUUGCUGGAGCCUUAGCUAAAGCUAAAGACCUCUUCACCAAAAAAUUCCUGGACAAAACCAAGAACGAAUGGACCAAGCGGCAGAACUUCGAAAAAGUUCCUGGGAAAUAUGAUCUCCUCCACUUGGACUACGAAGCCAAUGACGCAAGUGAGGAAGAAGCUGCCUCAGAGAAAACCAACUCGUGUCCAACGCCAGUGUCACUGUUGGAGCCACGAGUUCAGCCCUUGGUGCAGCUGAUCUGUAAUAUCCGCACCAUGGAGGAGAUGGUGAUGGAGAUGAAAUACGAUACUAAGAAGGCCCCUUUAGGAAAACUGACAGCCGAACAGAUCCGGGCAGGAUACCAGUCCCUACAGAAGGUGGAGGCAUGCCUCAAACGGAAGCAAACGGGUCGGACUUUACUAGAGGCUUGCAAUGAAUUCUACACAAGGAUUCCUCACGAUUUUGGGCUGAAAACUCCUCCACUGAUACACACAGAAAAGGAACUGAAAGAGAAGAUGCAGCUGCUGGAGGCCCUUAGUGAGAUCCGGAUUGGCAUCAAAGCGGUGCGGUCAGAGCAGCUGGACCAGGAGCACCCGCUUGACCGCAGUUACCGUGGACUAAAUUGUGACCUCCAGCCCUUGGAGAAGGAGAGUCCUGACUACCAGGUCCUCGAACGCUACCUGUCCUCCACUCAUGCCCCAACCCACCAGGACUACACCAUGACCCUACUAGAGGUCUUUGUCUUGAAGAAGGAGAACGCUGAUUCCGACUCUGUCUUCUGUUCUGACCUUCCCAACCGGAUGCUGCUUUGGCACGGAUCCCGCUUGGGCAACUGGGCAGGGAUCCUGAGCCAAGGAUUGCGGGUGGCACCACCAGAGGCACCUGUCACUGGCUACAUGUUUGGAAAAGGGAUCUAUUUUGCAGACAUGUCCUCUAAGAGUGCUAAUUACUGCUUUGCAACCCGGGAAAAAGACAUCGGCCUGCUGUUGCUUUCAGAGGUGGCUCUGGGCGAAUGCAAUGAAUUGCUAGAAGCCAAUCACGAAGCAGAGAAAUUGCUGUCCGGCAAACAUAGUACUAAAGGCCUCGGAAAGCUAGCUCCAUCCUCAGCCAACAGUGUCACACUGCAUGGAGCUGUGGUUCCCCUGGGGCCUGCGAUAGACACUGGAGUAGUGAACCCUCACGGCUACACCCUGAACUACAAUGAGUUCAUCGUCUAUGAUCCGCGACAGGUGCGCAUGAAGUACCUCCUCAAGGUGCGCUUCAAUUUUACCCAGCUCUGGUGAAACUCAAAAUGGACUACUACGUCAAAGAAUCACUGGCAUCUGCUCCAAAAAGAAGCAUUUCAAGUGCCUUCCAGUUCAAGAGAGAUUCUCCCCUUCAACAGACUUUGAUGACAAGAUUACCGUUGAGAAAAAAAUGUGAUAAUUAAUUCAAACCACUAAGUUGUAAUUAAUACUCAUUCACAAAAAAGGGGCACAGUGAUUGAGAAGGCUUAGUGUAAAUAAAUAGUGAAGGUGCCCAAUUUCUCCGUUUUUCUUGCUUCAGCUGUAGAGAAAUGCAACAUGGCUAGCAACCCUACUUUCCAAUAAAUAUGAAGGAAAUGCCUUUGUCUUGAGUCUG